AUGGCUGUACCUAAAGACGCCAUCCCUUCCUUGUCGGAAUGCCAGUGCGGGAUCUGCAUGGAAAUCCUGAUUGAACCCGUAACACUGCCUUGUAAUCACACGGUCUGUAAUGCAUGCUUCCAACUGACUGUGGAAAAGGCGAAUUUAUGCUGUCCUUUCUGUCGCCGCCGGGUCUCUUCGUGGGCCCGGUACCAUGCCCGAAGAAAUUCUCUCAUCAAUAAGGAACUGUGGGAGAUCAUUAAAAAGCACUAUCCAAAGGAAUGCAAGAUUAGAGCCUCUGGGCAAGGAUCGGAAGAAAUCGGACUAACCCAACCAACUGAGCCACACUGGUCAGUUAAUGAUUAUCAGCCAGUUCAUCUGUUAAGUAAACCCGGGGAAUUGAGAAGAGAAUAUGAAGAGGAGAAAAGCAAGGUGGAGGCAGAGCGACGAGCCAAUGAGGAAGAAGAAAACAAAGCCAGUGAAGAAUAUAUACAGAAAUUAUUGGCAGAGGAGGAAGAAGAAGAAAAAAGACAAGCAGAACAAAAGAGAAGAGAGAUGGAAGAACAGCUAAAAAGUGAUGAAGAACUGGCAAGACAGCUAAGCAUUAAUAUUAACCAUUUCUGUGAGGGAAAAGUCUUGGCUUCUCCCAUGAAUUCUAGAAAAUCGGAUCCAGUCACAAGCAAGUUGCAAAAGAAAAAUAAAAACAAACAAACAAAUACUGGAGAUAUUCAGAAGUAUUUGUCACCUAAAUCUCCAUUUGGGUCAGCAUCACAGUCUGAAGUUGUACAAGAAGGCAAGAAGAACUCCAUGUCUAAGGAAACUGAUGGUAGUGAUAUGAAGAGCCCUAUGUGGCAAGAAAUUGAGGAAGAUAUGCCAACGCUUUCUCCACAAUUAUGCCUUGAAAUUCAAGAACAAGACGCAAAGUCUUUAAUAGAAUCACCUAUGCCUCAGUUAUGUGCCAGUGGUACAGAAUGGUGCCUUGAAGAAGUCAAGAUGAGACCAAGCAAUCAUGAUAAAGAAUUAUGUGUCACAAAUUGUGAGGGACCCGAAGCCAGAGUUCCCUGCUCUAGAGAAGCUGCAGUGAAGCCCUGUGGCAAACUAGAGAGCGGGUGCGCUGUAGUAGAUCUGACACAGGUAAUUGAAAAUAACACAACUGAGACAGAAAAUGAAGAGUCUUGCCUCCUGAUCAGUAAGGAAGAUGUAUCCAAAAGAAAAAACCAAGAGCCUUUGUUUGAAGCAGUCAGGGAUCCAUGCUUUUCUGCAAAAAGAAGAAAAAUGUUCCCUGCAUCUUCCUCAGAGCAAGAAGAAACAGAAAUCAGCUUUACCCAAAAACUCUUAGAUUUGGAACAUCUACUUUUUGAGAGACAUAAACAAGAAGAACAGGAUAGGUUAUUAGCAUUACAAAUUCAAAAAGAAGUGGAUAAAGAACAAAUGAAGCCAAACCGGCAAAAAGGAUCCCCAGAUGAGUAUCAGUUACGAGCCACGCCCUCACCUCCAGAUAAAUCGCUAAAUGGGCAGAGGAAUAAUUCCAAAGAUAGGAACAUAAAAGGACAAACUGGUGUAGAGCAUUCAAAACCUCGGAGAGUCCCCCAAAAUGAACAUUGGCAACCUUCUUUUAAGAUCCAGUUGAAACAUUCAGUUAAUGUUAAUGAAAGAAGGAUGCCAAAUUCUGCUAAAGAUCGUUGUAAUGUAUCUAAAAGUGCUCAUUCCCUACAGUCUCGUAAGUCACAGAAGAGUAUUUUUCAGAUGUUUCAGAGAUACACAGAGUAAUGCAUGAGUGGAGGGAAUGUUUUAAAAUCUAGUAAAGCUGGAUCGUGAUGCUCUUUUUUUUAAUUAUAGAAGGUGUAUACUUUUUUAUUCUGCUCUGUGGGCACACUCAUUGUCUGUAAUUGAAGGACUAUGCAAUUAUGAGGGAGGAAUGUAGAAAUGUACUUCUGCCAAAGUCAGUGAUAAACAAGAGUCCCGAUCCUUUAUUAACAACUGUGAUGUGCUAAGUUGGACAAUCCUUAUAGAUAAUAAAUACAGGAAUGCCUGGGCCAACUCCCAAGAAAUCUUCAAGUGCCAUUCUCCUACCCCCAAAAAUGCAUGUUUUAUGCCCUUUGCUCACCUUUUCGAUGUGACUUAAGGAAUCAGGUUUAAAAAUAAGGGGUUUUUUUUUUUUGCUACUUUGCCAUGUUUUUGUAGAUCACGUGAGAUGUAUUCUAUAACACUAGUCUGAUUUUUAUCUUUUUAAUUAUUUUAAGCAUUAUAGCAUUUUAUUUAAAAUAGGUUAGAAUCCCAUCAAAUCAGAGUUUUCUGGAAAAUUGGGAUUGACAGAAAGGAAACUAGACUUUUGAUGCAAAGGAGUUAAGAGUGUAGAGGUCUGGCUGAGUAGAGCAAACCGACACUUUGGAAGCAUUGGAACUCAGUGGGUGAUCAGAAACUGGGUCCAAGACAGAGCAGCAGGUACACUUGUUAGAGCAUUCUCCCUAAUUCUUUGCCAAAUGACAGAAAACAUUGGGGUUUUAUAGCUUGUCACACCACAGAGACUGGUGUCAAAAUCAAAAUUAGUCAUUAAAUUACUUGUACUUUUGGAAAUUAACAUUUCUUUUAAUCUUCUAUUCCAGGGGAAAACAUGGGAAUUUACUGUAGGAGAGUUAAAUCAUGAUAUACUGUGUUGUGGAACCUGAAACAUAAAUAACCAUGUGUUUAUUUACUUACAUUAUCACUUGUAUCGAGAGUGACUUUUAUUUGUAUUUAUGGACAGAAAUAGUAUGAUACUUGGAUUUUACCUUAUAUUACCCACCAAAGUUAAAUCUGAGGCAGUGCUUUCAUUUUGUGACACUUAGAAACUCUUUAAUCUUUGUUUUCAUUGUGAAUAACUUUCAGCAAACAAACAACAGUUUUCACCUCAUGUCUGCUGAUGUCUAGUAAUUCAUCCUUUUAAGGUAAAAAUACAAUAAAAUGUCCUAAGAGCUUUAGUCUUCCUUAACUUUGUCGGUAUUUUUACACACUUUUGAGAUUUUUUCCCCUCCAGAUUUUGUAACUGAAAUUCUGUUAAUGUUUGCAGAUUUGAUGGCAUGUACUUCAAUAUUGAUUGGAUAGGUGAUUUAGGGGUAGAAUUACCCCUGAUGCUAAUUUAAAAUUUAUUUUUAUUUCUCAUCAGAUUGAUUUUUUUCAAGGAGCGAUUUCACUCUGCAUUUCAGGGAAGACACUGAUGGAUCUGAGCCCUUCCUGGUGUGGCUCAGUGGAUUGAGUGCCAGCCUGCGAACUGAAGGGUCACUGGCUCAGUGUGCAGUUACCGGUUCAGUGUGCAGUCAGGGCACAUGCCUGGGUUGUCGACCAGGUCUCCAGUUGGCAGUGUGUGAGAGGCAACCAAUCUAUGUUUUCUUGCACAUCAAUGUUUCUCUCCUUCUCUCUCUCCCUUUUUUGCCUCUCUCUAAAAAUAAAUAAAAAGUAAAGAAAUACAA